CACAAGAUGGCGCUGUUUUGCACUCACACAACCGGAAGCGAAAUGACAUCCACAUCACAUCCGUGAACAAGAAUAGCAACAAAACCCAGUCCUGUCACAAAAGUUCUGAUCAGACAGUCUAUACAUGCCAUCUGGAGCUCCGUCGGGGGAGAACUGCCUUGUAGACAUGGACAGCAAGGCUGGAGAUAUGUUCGGGUCUGAGGACGCUCAUCCUACUGGGACAGGUGGAGCUGGAAUCCUGGCAAAGCUCUGGCUCCCUAAAGGCUUCUCGAUCAGUAUGGCUAAAGACUGGAUCGACAAGCGUCGGCUGUCCAUUCGCCCUUGGGCCGGCUUCGUGGAUCAACGCAAGUUUUCCAAACCCCGCAACUUUGGAGAGAUGUGUCAGAGGAUGGUGAAAAACGUGGAGACUUUCAACAGCAACUACACCUUCAUCUUCCUGGGUCUCAUCCUCUACUGCAUGUAA